UUUCACCUUUCCUUUCUCCAAGUAAAUGCUCGAUCCUGCUGACAUUCCAGAUCACUCAGAGACAUCAUCUGAAGAAAAGAAGCACCAUGAUUCUGUCGCGAUCAACGACGGACACUAUCAAUUGCCUCAGGAACGCAAUUUUGUGGGCCGUUUAAGACACAAGUUACGUGAACCAUUGGCAGAAUUCAUCGCAACCUGCGUAAUGAUCGUCCUCGGUGAUGGCGUUGUAGCACAGGUCGUCUUAUCCGACAAUGCCAAAGGUCAAUACCUGUCUAUCUCGUUCGGGUGGUGCUUUGCCGUAAUGUGUGCCAUUUACAUAGCUGGCGGAAUUUCGGGUGCUCACUUAAAUCCUGCGGUAACCUUAUGUAUGGCUGUAUGGCGCGGCUUCCCUUGGAGAAAAGUACCCGCUUACUGGCUAGCUCAAUUUUUGGGUGCAUUGACGGGUGCAGCUAUCGUAUUUGCGGAUUAUCGUAAGGCGAUAUCCAGCUUUGCAGGAGAAGGCGUGUACACAGUUACUGGUACCAAUGCAACAGCAGGCCUUUUCUCGACUUAUCCUGCAGCAUUCAUGACCCCUGAAGGCAGUUUUUUCUCUGAAGUAUUGGGAACUUGCAUUCUUUUGCUUGUGAUUCUCGGCCAAGCAGAUGAUCAUAAUAUGCAUGCAGCGAAGAACUCACCACUGGUGGUGGCUUUCACUGUAGCAGGCAUUGGCAUUUCUCUUGGUUGGGAAACUGGUUAUGCAAUCAAUCCUGCCAGAGAUUUUGGUCCUCGUUGUUUUGCAGCUAUGGCCGGAUACGGAAGUGAAGUUUUCACAAAUUCUGGAAGCUAUACUUGGGUGCCUAUCAUAGGACCCUUCGUUGGUGCCGUUCUAGCUGGUCUAAUCUAUGAGAUACUCAUUGAUUCGGAAUCCAAUCGAUCACGUCUUACCCACAGUCAUAUUUAGAGUCCUUUUCUCAUCAACUCCCCCUUAUAGUGUGAUAAUAAUGACCAUUCAUUGUGUGAGUUUGUAUCGUAGUACUUGAAUAAAUAAAACAGAAAUAUCUCAUCAUAUUUUGUC